GAGAGAGAGAGAGAGAGAGAGAGAGAGAGAGAGAGAGAGAGAGAGAGAGAGAGAGAGAGAGAGAGAGAGAGAGAGAUGGAGAAAGAAAGAGAGAGAGGAGAGGAAGGUAGAGAGAGAUUAGGGAGAGAGGUAGAAAGAGGUAGGGGAAGAGGGAGGGAAAGAGGUAGACAGACAGGGCGUCGUGAAGCCCUACACCUGGGAACGCUGGGCUGCGAAAUGGCGCAAGGCGCAAAUUUGCGUGCCAUCCUUGGAUUUCACUCAGCAAGAACAAAGAGAAUAAAGGACCUCCAUCGGAGAAAAAAGCAGCUACCUGCACUGAGCUCCACAUUCACAGUCGUCACGUUUAGCUGUGGAUUCCUGCAGUGA